AUGACGAUACAUGGUGAUGCCGGAUGUUUUGUUUGCGCCGUCGUCGAUAACAUGACGCGUAUUGCCAUCGUUAACAACGACAAAUGCCAACCCAAAAAGUGUCGUCAAGAGUGCAAGAAGAAUUGUCCUGUCGUCAAACAAGGAAAAUUAUGUAUCGAGGUUACUUCUGUGUCCCAGAUUGCUUACAUAUCUGAGGAAUUGUGCACUGGAUGCACUAUGUGUAUUAAGAAAUGUCCUUUUGGAGCCAUCAAAAUUAUCAACUUGCCAGAGAAUUUGUUGGACAAAGAUACCACUCAUAGAUAUGGUCCUAAUACCUUUAAGCUACACAGGUUGCCGGUUCCCAGGCCGGGGCAAGUGCUUGGUUUGGUUGGGACAAAUGGAAUUGGGAAGUCCACUGCACUUAAGAUUUUGGCUGGAAAUGUGAAGCCCAACUUGGGUCGUUUCAAAGAACCCCCUGAUUGGCAGGAAAUUUUGACCCAUUUUCGAGGAUCUGAAUUGCAGAAUUACUUUACUCGCAUGCUAGAGAAUGAUUCGAAGGCUAUCAUCAAGCCUCAGUAUGUUGACCAUCUUCCAAAAUCUGUGCAAGGGAACGUGGGGCAGUUGUUAGACCAACAAAAUGAGAGAGAUAUGAAGGAACAGAUUUGUGCUGAUCUUGAGCUUAAUCAAGUUUUAGACCGUAAUGUUGGUGAUCUUUCAGGGGGUGAGCUCCAAAGGUUUGCCAUUGCAUAUGUUGCCAUCCGAAAUUCAGAGAUAUACAUGUUUGAUGAACCUUCCAGUUAUCUUGAUGUGAAACAAAGGCUGAAAGCUGCUCAAGUUGUUCGGUCAUUGCUCAGGCCUAAUAGCUAUGUAAUUGUUGUCGAGCACGAUCUUAGUGUUUUGGACUACUUAUCAGACUUUAUUUGCUGUUUGUAUGGCCAACCUGGUGAAUACGGUGUUGUAACACUCCCUUUCUCAGUCAGAGAAGGAAUUAAUAUCUUCUUGUCCGGCUUUGUUCCAACAGAAAAUCUUAGGUUUCGGGAUGUCUCUCUUACUUUCAAGGUUGCAGAGACUCCAGAGGAAAUUGCUGAGGAAGUUCAAACUUAUAAUCGAUUCAAAUACCCAACCAUGACUAAAACUCAAGGCAAUUUCAGGCUUCGUGCAGUUGAAGGAGAAUUUACAGAUUCACAGAUUAUUGUGAUGCUGGGUGAGAAUGGGACAGGAAAGACAACAUUCAUUCGUAUGCUGGCUGGUUUGUUGAAACCCGAUACUAUAGAAGGUGGAUCUGAUGUGGAGAUGCCCGAGUUCAACGUAUCAUACAAACCUCAGAAAAUUAGCCCAAAGUCCCAAUUAUCUGUUAGAAACUUGCUACAUCGAAGAAUCCCUGAUGCAUAUACUCAUCCCCAGUUUAUUUCAGAUGUGAUGAAGCCACUACUUAUAGAACAGUUGAUGGACCAAGAGGUUCAAAAUCUUUCUGGUGGAGAGUUGCAAAGAGUUGCCUUAUGCAUGUGUCUUGGAAAGGAUGCAAACAUCUAUCUGAUAGAUGAGCCAAGUGCAUAUCUUGAUUCGGAACAACGUAUUGUUGCUGCAAAAGUCAUCAAGAGGUUUAUUCUUCAUAGAAAGAAAACAGCCUUUAUCGUUGAGCAUGAUUUCAUCAUGGCAACUUAUCUUGCUGACAGAGUUAUCGUUUACGAGGGUCAACCUUCAAUUGAUUGUACUGCAAAUUCUCCACAAUCAUUGCUUACUGGGAUGAACCUUUUCUUAUCUCAUCUUGAUAUCACAUUUAGAAGAGACCCAACUAAUUACCGCCCAAGGAUCAACAAACUUGGAUCAACAAAGGACAGAGAGCAAAAGAAUGCUCGGACUUAUUAUUACCUUGAUGACUGA